ACGUGUUGGUCAACAAAAUAUUUUUUUUGAAACGAGAAUAUUUUUUUAGGAUUUUUUAUUGAAUAUUAAAAAAUGGCUACAGAUUUUCGCCGGGACUGGGUCAAAAACAGCGUCACGAAGUAUUUUGGCCUGGAUUCUGGCGAAUAUUUCGAGAAGAUGAUGGCCCAAAACGACGAUUUGGAAUACCAGCUGUCGUCGUUUUUGGAUGAUGAUUUCCUCAAGAAGGACGAGGCGCACAGGAGGCUCUUCUACAUCUACAAGACCUCCUAUGAGAAGCUGGUAGAUGAGGAAAUCAUGGUGCCUGAAAUCGUAAAAAAAGAGCCAAUACCAGAAGAAGACCUACAUGUGCCGUCUAAAGGAAAAAAAGUUAAAGGGAAGAAAGGAAAGAAAGGCGGUAAAAAACAGAAAAAAGGGAGCAAAAAAUCCACUCCUAGAUCUACCCCAUCUGCGGAAGGAACAGACAAAGAAGACAUCGAUGAAGCAAAAACCGAAACCCCUCAAGAAGGCGAACCCGUAAGUUCGGAAGCAACAGAAACCAAAGAAUCGGAAGAACAUAAAGAACAUGAAGAUCUAUCAUCACCAGCACAAGGAACAAUUUCAGAAGUGACCGACACGAUCGGACAAUCAACCGACGUAGAAACAGAAGGAGAACACGGAGAAACAGAAGGAGAAUCAAAAAAGAAAACCAAAAAGAAAAAGAAACCUACCAGCGAAUCUGAGACCAGUACUGAAGGUACCACAAGUCCGAGAACUGGCAAAAAGAAAAAGCAAAAAAAAGGUAAAAAGGGCAAAGGCCACAAGAAAAAGCAUAAACCCGAACAGGAAACUCCAGCCGAGGAGGAGGAGGAACCGGAAAUUAUUUACGUCCCUAAAAUUAUACAAAAACUAAUCGUGGAUCACAUCUUGCACGGAAAUUUCGGAACCAUGGACGAGGCAAUCCUCAAUACCGACAACAAACGCUUCGUUUAUCUCUUUCGGAAGACGGAGGAAGGCAUUUCGAUUUCGAAUUUUGACACCUACGAAGAAGCCGAAACCGAAAUGCCUGCGUAUUUUUUGAUCGGCUCGUGCAACGGCAACUUUUUAAACUCAUUAAAACACCUGAUGAAAGAGCAGUUUAAACCGCUGAUGAAGGAACACUUCUGCGAGCCCUCGGUUAAAAAAGCAACAUCGCCGAAAGCAAGUUCGGCGCAGGAUGUUAAGCUUAAAACUGAAAACAACGCAUACAGAACACCCUCUGAUUACCGAAAAAUGUCAAUGACCCAAUCAAAAACAAAGGCAAUUCAAGAAAAGGCAAGAACUAGUGCAGGUUCCUCAACUCCUGAUGCUGAAGCAGAGCCAGAAGCGAAUGCACUUUCUGAAACGCCAAUUCGAGAUGAUUUAAUGACUGAAAUACUGGCGUUGGAAAAAUCACUCAACUGGACUAUAGAACACGUGGAUGAUGAAAUCGAUCUUCCCUUGACGGUCUUCCCUGAAGAACUACAGUCAGAUCUUCCGCAUGAAGAACUAAUCAAGGACAAAAAUUUGAUUGAGAGAUUGCAAGACAUUGUUAUGGCGUGGGAACGGCAUAUUCUCAAAGUCAUUGAAAUAUAUUUGGCAAAAACUCCUGAAGGACAAGGGCCAAUACCCGAAUACGAAUAUUGGAGGGAAAGGGAAGCAGCUUUGAGCUCGAUUGUCGAACAGUUGAAGAAACCAAUGGUUGUGAAAGUGAAUACGUUGCUAGAAAAGGCAAAAUCGCCGAUUAUUGACGCUUUCAUGAACUAUUUAGUUGACUUGAAAAAAUAUCACGUCCAAGCCCGAGACAACGUCAAAUUUUUGUCCACAAUUUUGAGACAUUUCAAGACUGUAACAUCCUGUGAGGAUUUUGCUCGGGUUAGAGACUGUAUUCCUGUCCUUAUUGAAGGACUCCAUCUCAUUUGGGUCUUGUCGCGGUACUACUGUGUUGACGAAACAAUGGUACCACUGAUGGAAAGAAUAGUCUUUUGCCUUGUUGAAAAAGUUAGAGCGAAUUUGGACACCCAAUUUCUCUUCAGAAACUCGAUCGAACACAUUAAAAAACUGACUCAAACGGCGCGAGAAAUGCUCGAAAUUUGGAAAACUUCCUAUAUGGAGACUCGCCAGAAAAUUGAAGAAUCGGGCAAAGGACAGCGAUGGGAGUUUGAUAAAAAGAAAUUGUUCGCUGAAUCUGAUUAUAUGGCAACUGUGUGUAAAGACUUAUAUGACGUUGCGACAGUUAUUGAAGAAUUUAACAACAUUUUCGGCCCCGAAUUGCGGGCUAUGGUUGUGGAUCCCCAAAAAAUCGAUAACGUUGCCAAACGAGUUGAACGACUGGUCAUACAAAUCGAAUCGGCAGACUUUGACAUAUUUAGCGAAAAUCACAAAGAAAACUGGGAGGCCAUAAUGGUUUUCUUCUACAAAGAGGUCCGGAAAUUGGAACAGGAAGGAGUCAAGUUCAUUGAUCAGAGCUUCAAGACGUUAAGAUCGUCCGAAAGUGCGCUAGAAAUGCUCACAAAGUUGAAAACUGUUCGAACACGGCAAAUUAUUCUCGACCGAUUGUUGACAAAGUUUGACGUGAUUUUGGACCAGUUUAAUAAAGAACUUUUAGUUAUCGAUGACUCAUUUACGCGAAAUAAACGUCACCCUCCGCUUUGUAAGGACCAUCCCCCACAUGGUGGUGCGAUAUAUUGGGUCCAAUUGCUAAUAAAUUUGCUCAAAAUGCCCGUUUUGAAAUUCCAAAAAGUGCCAGAGCUUCAACACUCGGAACAGAAAGAGGAAAUUUUCAAAAAUUAUCUCCAGUUGGUCAAAACCUUGAAAGCUUACCAAAAUUUCAAAUACGAACUCUGGUUAGAGCACUCGACUCCGGUCAUGGAGCAGGCGAUGCAAAUGGAGAUUCUUAAAUUUGUCAAUUGUGCUGUUCCUUCAAGAACCAUGGACCAUGGGCGUCGAUCGGUGGGAAAAAGUGUGACAACCCUUCACUCGCAAUCCACAGCUACGAGUAAAGGAAGCUUGCAACAAGUGCGUUCCCAGCCGAAAAUUCUCAAAAUAUCAACCGCAGGCCACGUCGUCAAAUGGGUGUCAGGUAAGAAAAUGGCCAGUCAGGUCAUGGACAAAAUCCGGUCGCAAAGAAGUCUCACGUGGCACGAAGUGAUGGGCGAUAUGAUCGUCCUGGAGCAGAAUAUCGAAUUUGCUCUGAAUUUCGACGACGAUUUAUUUAGUUGCAUCCGCGGGGCAGAGCUGUUAGAUUCGUUAAAAUACGAACUGCCCGAUAAAAUUAAAAUGAUCGCGUCGAGAAAAGAGCGGUUACAAAAGGACGUUGCGGCGGUUAAAGACAUGUUGGAGCAAUACAAUUCGAUAAUGAAGAAACUGAGCCCUCCACAGAUGAAUAUGCUCAGGAAUGAGAUUAAGCACGUGGAGCUGUUCAUCCAGCAAGGACUGUCCAGGAUCAACUGGACGUCCUUGGGAAUCGUUGAAUACGCCAGGACGUGUCUCAGCAAAAUCCACUACUUGCAAAAUCUGCACAACCAAGUGGUGCACAUUGAAGACGAACUCAAGUCAAAAAUCAAACACUUGUCGUCUUUUAAUCUCUUCGACUAUAAGACAGUCGACGAGGACCCCGAGCGGUUACCCUGCAAAGAAUUCUUCAACGAAAUGUUAGACUGGCGAAUUAAACGCGUUUGCCAAAUGUUGAAAAUCUACGAAAGUCUGGGCCCGAUUUUGAUCAAAAUUGAGACCCUGGCCUUGGGUAGCAACACCGGACGGUCCCCUUACAUGACAAGUAGCUACCAAUUUUGGGAAACUGAGAUUUACAAAGCCUUCAUCAGUUUCACUCUUCGCAAUUUUGAAACGUUCAUGAGCAAGAUGCAACUGAAAAAGCCGAUUUUUCAAGUCGACGCUGUUGUGGUAACACCGGAACUCUUCCUGAGGCCGACGUCGGCCGAAAUUUACAACAUUAUGGUGAAAAAUGUCAAGGAUUUUCUCGACAAACUGAAGCGCUUUCCGCGCUGGAUGAACGGAAUGUGCUUGCUGUGCCCGCCACAGAAACUCCCCUCAGGCGAGGAGUUUGUUUACUCCUUCUAUGACGAUGUCUUGAAAGUUCCCGAUAUCGGCGACGUGCUUCAAAAACUCCAAGACAUCGCCCAAAAAUCAAUUUUGGAGGUGCACAAGCAUUUGCAAAAGUGGCGACGUUACCGGAACAUCUGGUGCUACGAUAAGGUCGUGACUUGUGAGAAGUUUAUUGAGAAAAACAACCAACUCUCAAAGUACGACGAUAAGUUCAUGUUCUAUGCCGACAUUUUAAAAGACAUGAAAAAUCACGAGGAUUACUUCGACAUCAUGUGUAUUCGACUGAACUUGCGGCCCCUCUUGGACACUAUAGCCGACCACACAAUCGACUGGAAAAACACGCUCGGCCAGAUCCUUGACGCCAAAACCAAGGAAAAAAUGGACGAGAUGAAGAGCACAAUGAGCGAAUUGCGCACUUUGGUCAACCAGAACAUCAAAGGUUUGGAGAAAUUUAAGUCGGUAAUGCAAGCGAUCGCCACAAUUCUCAAAAGUAACGUCGACAUGGAGUUGGAUUAUCUCAACUGUCAAGACAUUUACGGGAUUUUGAGGCAACACAACAUCUACUUCAGCCCCGAGCAUGAAGAACUGGCCUAUCAGUUGGAAAAAGAAUGGAAAUCGCUGCAUUUCUCGGCGCUUUAUCGCGAACAAAAGCUGGAAUUGACCAAAGACAGGUUUGCCCAAAUGACUCUCGCGGAAAUCGGCGAAUUUUGCGAUCUCCUAGCCCAAUUUGUCAAGAAAUUUGAAGAGGAGGGGCCUGGUGCCGUCGGCGAGGAUUUAGACAAAGGACUCAUCCUUAUGGAAGAGUAUGCAAAAUUAUUCAUCGAGACGGAGGAACGUCGCAUCGAAUUGAUCAACGCUGAGAUGCUUUUUGACAUACCCUUGGCUGAUUAUUCGGAUUAUUUACGGGUAAAAAGCGAUUAUGAAUCAAUGGGCAUCAUUUAUAAGUUCUACAAGACGCAAAAACAUGCCAGGGAAGUGUGGGGACGCACCUUAUGGGCGAAUCUAGACCCGCAAGCUUUAAGCGACGGUAUCGAUAGUUUUAUCAAAGAUUACCGCAAAAUCCCGAGAACAAUUCGGGCGCUCCCAGUGGGGCAAACGCUGGACUUGAAGAUGAAGCAGUUUAAAAAUGUGAUUCCCUUGAUGGUGGCGUUGAAAAACGAGGCCUUGCGGGAGCGGCACUGGCAGGAGUUGAUGCAGAAAACCGGGAUUGAGUUUGACAUGUCUCCCGACAGGUUCACUCUGGACAACAUGUUUGCCAUGGAGCUGCACCGAUACCAAGACAUUGCCGAAGAGAUAAUCAACCAUGCGAUCAAAGAGUUGAGUAUCGAGAAGGGAGUGAAGCAAAUUGCGGAAACUUGGACCAACUUGAAUUUCAUUCUUCACAAACACAUGAAAGGACACGAGGAUCGCGGUUACGUCGUCGGUUCGACUGAGGAAAUCAUGCAAGUGCUUGAAGACAACUCGAUGAAUCUCCAGAGCAUGGCAGGGUCGCAGUUUGUCGGCCCGUUCUUGAUACAAGUGCAAAAGCUGGAGAAGAGUUUAGCAAAUAUCGGGGAAGUGAUCGAUGAGUGGUUGUCGGUGCAGCGAAAGUGGUUGUAUCUCGAGGGAAUUUUUGUUGGGGGAGACAUCCGGGCCCAGUUACCGGAAGAGGCGAAGAAAUUUGACGAUAUAGAUAAGGCCUUUCGGAGAAUUAUGCUCGACACGGCAAAAAAACCAAACGUUAUGGAGUGUUGUAACGCGCCUGGACGUCUAGACGAAUUCCUGGGCCUGGGUCUAGGUCUGGACAAGUGCCAAAAGUCGCUCAACGACUAUCUGGAUUCGAAACGGCGCCGCUUUCCGCGCUUCUACUUCAUUUCAACGGAAGAACUCUUGUCGAUUCUUGGCAGCAGUAACCCGGAAGUGGUGCAGGAACACAUGAUUAAAAUGUUUGAUAAUAUCAAAUCGCUGCGGAUGCAUUUGGACAACAACGACAAGAUGAUUGCAAGUGCGAUGAUUUCGUCCGAAGGAGAAGUGAUGGAGUUUCGGCGCGCCGUUCAAGUUGUUGGGAAAGUGGAGGAUUGGAUGAACGAUGUUUUGAAGGAAAUGAGACGUUCGAAUCGGUUUAUAACAAAGAGUGCGAUCUACAACUACGGGAAAGUCAGGAGGCCGCGGUCGGAGUGGAUGCUGGACUUCCAGGGAAUGAUUUGUCUCGCCGGUAGUCAAGUCUGGUGGACGGCAGAGGUCGAAAAUGUUUUCGUCAAAAUCAAGAAAGGCAACAAAAGGGCCAUGAAGGAGUACCUUGAACAACUCAAUAAGCAACUUGACGAGAUUGUGAUCACAGUGAGGGCUGAUUUAACCGCAAACGAUCGAACUAAAUUUCGGACAAUUGCAAUUAUCGAAGUUCACGCACGCGACAUUAUUGAAAGUUUUGUCACGAACAGUGUGACCGAUAUUAGGGAAUUUGAAUGGGAGAGUCAGCUCAGAUUUUAUUGGGUUAACAACUUAGACAACUUGUGGGUGGUUCAAUGCACCGGCUCUUUCGAGUAUGGCUAUGAAUAUAUGGGACUAAACGGCCGUCUUGUUAUAACACCUUUGACUGAUCGAAUUUAUUUGACAAUCACUCAAGCCCUUAUUAUGCACAUGGGCGGUGCACCAGCCGGGCCUGCGGGAACCGGAAAAACGGAAACAACCAAAGAUUUGGCCAAAGCAAUGGCUUUGCUCUGCAUUGUCACAAAUUGUGGCGAAGGAAUGGACUUUAAGGCAAUCGGGACGACACUGGCCGGCUUAGCUCAAUGUGGCGCUUGGGGCUGUUUUGACGAAUUCAACCGAAUCGACAUUUCCGUCUUGUCGGUAAUCUCCACACAAUUGCAAACAAUCCGAAGUGCCCUCAUGUUGAAACUCGAGAAAUUCACUUUUGAAGGCGCCGAAAUUAGUCUCGACUCAAAAGUAGGUAUUUUUAUCACAAUGAAUCCGGGCUAUGCCGGAAGAACGGAGCUCCCGGAAUCAGUCAAAGCACUGUUUCGUCCGGUGGUGUGUAUUGUCCCCGAUCUGGAAAUGAUUUGCUUGAUUUCGCUUUUUUCCGAUGGUUUUCUCCAAGCCAAAGUCUUGGCCAAAAAAAUGACCGUGCUUUAUAAACUCGCACGGGAGCAAUUGUCGAAACAGUUUCACUACGAUUGGGGCUUGAGGGCUUUGAACGCGGUGUUGCGAAUGGCCGGUGUUUUAAAACGAGCGUCUCCCGAUUUGAACGAAGCUUUGGUCCUGAUGCGAGCUUUGCGCGAUAUGAACCACCCGAAAUUCGUUUACGAGGAUGUUCCCUUGUUUUUGGGCUUGAUCCGCGACCUUUUCCCCGGAAUGGAUUGUCCGCGAGUCGGUUAUCCCGAUUUUAAUUCCGCCGUGGAAAAAGUCCUGGAUAAGUACCAGUACAUUGUUUUGCCGUACCAAGUCGAUAAAGUCGUCCAGCUUUACGAAACCAUGAUGACGCGGCAUUCCACCAUGCUGGUGGGACCCACCGGUGGAGGAAAAACGGUGGUUAUUCAAGCGCUAGCACGUGCGCAGACUUUGCUAGGCCUCAAAACCAAAAUUUUCACACUGAAUCCUAAAGCUUGUUCUGUUAUUGAACUGUAUGGGAUUUUGGACCCUGUUUCAAGGGACUGGACGGAUGGGCUUUUAUCAAACAUCUUCAGAGAGAUGAAUAAACCGACCGAAAAACCUGAAAGACGCUACAUUUUGUUUGAUGGCGAUGUUGACGCUUUGUGGAUUGAAAAUAUGAAUUCGGUGAUGGACGACAAUAAAUUGUUGACUCUCGCCAAUGGUGAGAGGAUCAGGUUGCAAACUCCGGUCUGUGCGUUGUUGUUUGAAGUUGGCGAUUUGCAAUAUGCCUCGCCGGCGACCGUUUCACGCGCUGGGAUGGUUUAUGUUGAUCCGAAAAAUUUGGGUUUUCAACCGUUUUGGGACCGAUGGGUCAAAAGCAGGAACCAUCCGCCGGAACGAGAGGUGUUUCAGAAUUUGUACGAACAGUAUAUUCCUGAUUUGAUGGCGUAUGUUUUGGAAGGGACAGUGGCGAACAAACAAGUUCCGCCCUUGAAAACAGUGAUACCCCAAAGUGGAUUGAACAUGAUAACACAGCUGUGUUUUAUGAUAGAUUCUGUUUAUCCACAACCGGUGGAAGAUACGCGUGAUCCGGAGGAAGAAGUCGAUAGUGAUUUACUCGAAUCGAUCUUCCUCUAUUGUGUCUAUAACUCAAUUGGUGCGGCUCUAGUUGCCGACUGUCGCUUAGAAUUUGAUGAAUUUGUCAAGUCGCAGUGUUCGAUGAUAAAGCAAGAGGAUAGUGUUGAGAAUAAGGCUGAUCGAAGGCAUAUGCCUGGUGCUUUCCCGACUUUGUACGAGUACUAUUUCAAUGUAAAGGACGAAGUCUGGAUUGCUUGGGACUGGAUAGUGCCCGAAUAUGUUCAUGAUGUUUCGAAACGAUUUUCGCAAAUUCUUGUUCCGACAAUUGACACCGUCCGCGUGACCUACCUCUUGACUUUAAUGAACAAAAUCGGAAGACCUAUUAUCUUAGUUGGGGAAACUGGAACUUCGAAAACUGCGAUCAUUCAAAACUUUUUACGAAGCUUGAAUCCAGACGUCAACAUCUUACUAAACAUCAACUUUUCGUCACGAACCUCGUCAAUGGAUGUCCAGAAAAACCUGGAAUCAGCGGUAGAGAAACGAACGAAAGACAUCUACGGCCCUCCACUGGGCAAAAAGUUGAUUUGUUUCAUCGACGACAUGAACAUGCCCCAAGUGGACGAGUACGGAACCCAGCAACCAAUCGCACUUUUGAAAUUACUUUUCGAACGCAAGGGAUUUUACGAUCGAGGAAAAGACCUCAACUGGAAGAUACUCAAAGACGUGUCGUACUUUGCAGCUAUGGGAGUUGCUGGGGGCGGACGGAACGAGGUUGAUCCUCGUUUCAUGUCAAAGUUUUCCGUCUUUAACUUGAUUUUCCCAACGUCUGAAACCCUCCACCACAUCUACAGCUCAAUUCUCAAAGGGCAUUUAUCACAAUUCCCGGAAGAAGUGCAACAAGCGGAGAACUUGAUCACUAUGACGCUCAAUUUGUACAAUAUUAUCAUAGUGCAAUUACCGCCAACACCCAGCAAGUUCCACUAUAUCUUCAACAUGCGAGAUCUUUCUCGAAUCGUGGCGGGAAUGUGCAAAACCACACCAAAAUUUUUCUUUGCGCUGCAUCAAAUCGUGAGAGUGUGGCGGAAUGAAUUUACGAGAGUGAUUUGCGACCGACUUAUCAAUACUGAAGACCAGGAGUUCAUGACGACGCAAAUUAAAACACAAAUUGAGAAGUUUUAUCCGACGCCGGUCAAGGAAGAACCACCAGCGAUACCCGAAAAUAUUGAAGAAAUGUCCAAUUUCGAGUUUGAAGAGCCCACCGAAGAACCAGAAGAAGAGAAAAAAGAAGAGGAGGAAGAGAGAAUCGACGUGAUUGAGUAUUCAAUGCGUGAUCCUUUGCUUUUCGGUGAUUAUCGGAAUGCAGUGAACGAGGACGAAGCUCGGUAUUACGAAGAUCUGCUCGAUUAUGAAGCAGUUUUCUUCCUGUUCCAAGAAAUAAUGGAAAUUUACAAUGAACGUCAAGAUAAGUUAAACAUUGUUCUGUUUGACGAUGCUUUGGAACAUUUGACACGAAUCCACAGAGGGAUAAGACUGGAAAGAGGCCACGUUAUGUUGGUCGGAGUUGGGGGUUCUGGCAAGACGAGUCUCACAAGAAUCGCUGCUUUCACAGCCGGUUGCGAAAUUUUUAAAAUCGUACUUUGUAAAGGCUACAAUGAAACGAUGUUCAAAGAAGACUUGAAGAAACUCUUUAAUCAACUGGGAGUUGAGGGCAAACCGACGGUGUUUUACUUCACCGCUGCUCAAAUAGUCGAAGAAGGUUUCUUAGAAUUUAUUAACAACAUACUAAUGAUUGGAAUAGUUCCUGCGUUAUUCACCGACGAUGAAAAAGAACAAAUUAUUUCGCAGCUGAGGACUGCGGCAAAAAAUGCGGGUUACGGAAUUGCAAAAGACGCAGUUUGGCAGUAUUUUCUCCACCGGUGUGCUGAUAAUUUGCAUAUGGUGCUUUCGAUGUCACCGUCAGGCGAUAUUUUGAGCAAAAGAUGUAGAAGCUUUCCCGGCUUGGUCAAUAACACGACAAUUGACUGGAUUUUCCACUGGCCGAUGCAAGCACUGUUUGCCGUAGCUUCAGUCUUCCUCAAAGAAAACCCCAAAAUUCCGGAAAUUUACAGAGACCAUAUCAUAGAACAUGUGGUACAUGUCCACACGAGUAUAGAAGAGUAUGUUAGAAAUUAUCUGAUAAAGUUGCGACGAAAAAAUUACGUUACUCCGAAACACUACUUGGACUUGAUGCAGAUUUAUCUGAAACUUCUCGAAGAAAAAAAUCAGUACAUCGACAGUCAGUGCAGUCGCCUCCAAAGCGGAAUGACAAAAAUUGAAGAAGCAAGUGCCGAACUGGCGGUUUUGAACAAAAGACUAGCAAAACAGAAAAUACGAGUGGAGGAAGCGACCCGUGCGUGUGAAGCAAUGUUGGCUGAAAUUGACGAAGGGACGAGAAAAGCAACCGAAAAGAAAGACUUGGCGUCGUUGAAAAGCAGCGAAAUCGAAGAACAGGCUCGUAUUAUAAGUCUGGAACAAGCUGACGCUGAAGAGGCUUUAGCCGCAGCCAUGCCCGCUUUGGAGGUAGCACGUCUAGCAUUGUCAGACUUGGACAAGUCCGAUAUUACGGAAAUUCGAUCAUUUGCCACGCCACCAGAAGCUGUACAAAUCGUGUGCGAAUGCGUGGCUAUAGUCCGAGGUUACAAAGAAAUCUCGUGGAAAACAGCCAAAGGAAUGAUGGCCGAGGCCAAUUUCCUCAGAACUCUCCAAGAAAUGAACUGUGAUUUAAUCACACAGGCACAAAUUCGCGCUGUGAAAGCCCACAUGAAAAAAUCGAGUAAACUAGACGACAUGGCCUCGAUCAGCAAGGCCGGUUUUGGGCUUUUGAAGUUUGUUCAAGCAGUUCUGGGCUACUGUGCCGUCUACCGAGAGGUGAAGCCCAAGAAAGAACGUGUAGAGCAGUUGCAAAGAGAAUACGACGCUGCGAAAAAAAGUCUCGAGAAACUCUACAACGAAAUUGCAAAACUUGAAGCAGCGCUAGACGAACUGAACCAGAAAUACGAAGCUGCGAUGAAACGGAGACAAGAAUUGCAAGAGGAGACGGAUAUUAUGAUGCGACGUCUCAUCGCCGCUGAUAAACUAAUCACUGGUUUAAGUUCGGAGCGAGAACGGUGGACGAAAGAUUUGGAAAUGUUGCAUUUAGAGAAAGAAAGACUGGUCGGGAACUGUUUACUAUCCUCGGCGUUUUUGAGCUAUGCUGGACCGUUCACUUAUGAGUUCCGGAAGGAAAUGAUUUAUGACGACUGGCAGGGAGAUAUAAUUAAUAGAGGAAUUCCGCUUACGCAACCCUAUCGCAUUGAAGCGAAUUUGUCAAACGAUGUGGAAGUGAGUCUCUGGAACUCGGAAGGGCUCCCACCUGACGAAUUGUCAGUCCAGAAUGGUAUUUUGACCCUGAAAGGGACCAGAUUCCCCUUGUGCAUCGACCCCCAACAGCAAGCCCUGAACUGGAUCAAACGUAAAGAGGAAAAGAACAAUUUGAAAAUCCUGAAUUUCAAUGACCACGACUUUCUCAAAUUUCUGGAUAUGGCUAUAAAGUAUGGCUCCCCAAUUUUGUUCCAAGACGUGGACGAUUACAUAGAUCCAGUUGCCGAAAAUGUAAUACAGAAAAAUAUCAGGAAUGUGUCGGGGCGAGUUUUCGUUGUUUUGGGGGACAAGGAGGUUGAUUACGACCCACAUUUCCGGAUGUACAUGACGACGAAAUUCUCAAAUCCUAUUUUUAACCCCGCAGUUUAUGCGAGCGCGGUUGUUAUCAAUUACACAGUCACAUUAUCGGGUUUAGAGGACCAACUUCUGAGUGUUGUCGUUAGGAAUGAACGGCCGGAUUUAGAAGAACAGCGGGAAAGCUUGAUUGAAGAAACGAGUGAGAAUAAAAAUUUGCUCCAGAAUCUUGAAGACUCACUCCUGAGGGAACUUUCCACCACCACUGGGAACAUGUUAGACAAUGUGGAGUUGGUCGACACUUUGGAAAACACCAAAACCAAGGCCAAGGAAGUGUCUGAUAAAUUGCUACUAGCUGCGGAAACCGCUCAUGAUAUUAAUAAACUCAGGGAUGGAUACCGGCCGGUGUCCCGACGUGGGGCAAUUCUUUUCUUUGUUUUGUCGGACAUGGCUGGGGUUAACGCAAUGUACCAAUACUCCCUAGCUUCGUAUUUGGAAGUUUUCGCAUACUCGCUACGAAAAGCUUUACCGCACACAAUCCUCGCGAAGCGAUUGCUUAAUAUAAUCAAUACUUUAACAAAAAAUGUCUACGAUUACGGAUGCACUGGAAUUUUCGAAGUCCACAAGCUGUUAUUCUCGUUCCAAAUGACCACCAAGUUGCAACAAAACGAGCAAAAUGUGACUCAAACGGAGCUCGAUUUCUUCAUCAAGGGUUCGGUGAGUUUGGAGAAGACAACGCGAGAGAACCCAACGAAGUUUAUCACUGCUCAAGGCUGGGCCGAUUUGAUGAAACUCACGGCAGAUUUCCCAGAAGAUUUCGGAAAUUUGGCCGACGACGUGCAAAGACACGUGCAAGACUGGCAAGACUGGUACGACCUGGACGCUCCAGAAUCGACCGAUUUCCCUUGCGGUUACAAACACAGGCUGAAACCGUUCCAGAUUUUGAUGCUCCUGCGGUGUUUCCGAGUCGAUCGUGUUUACAGAGCCGUUGCUGAUUACAUAACGGAAGUAACAGGGGAAGAAUACAUAAUGCCGCCAGUUAUCAGCUUUGAUGGCAUUUUCGAACAGAGCAGUCCAAUGACUCCGGUCAUAUUUGUCUUAAGCCCCGGGUCGGACCCCACAGCUGAGUUGAUGAAACUGGCCGAUCGGAGUGGGUUCGGAGGAGGGAAGUUCAGGUACUUGUCUUUGGGGCAAGGCCAGGAAGCUGCAGCUUUGGCACUGUUGGACACGGCAAUAGCAAGGGGCCAGUGGUUGAUGUUCCAAAACUGCCACCUUUUGCUUUCUUUUAUAAGACAGUUGGAGAAGCAAUUAGAGAAGGUUUCAAAACCGCAUCCUGAUUUUCGGCUUUGGUUGACAACUGAUCCUGUCAAUAAUUUUCCCAUUGGGAUCCUCCAAAGUUCGCUCAAAGUGGUGACGGAACCGCCUAACGGUCUCAAAUUGAACUUGAGGAAUACGUACUUUAAAAUCAGACCACAGACUUUGGAGGCUUGCACACAUACGGUUUACAAGUCCUUGGUUUACGUCCUGGCGUUCUUUCACGCCGUGGUUCAAGAACGCCGAAAGUAUGACAAAAUCGGGUGGAAUAUUUGCUACGAUUUUAAUGAAUCUGAUUUUAACGUCUGUGUCCAAAUUUUGGACACGUAUCUGACGAAAGCAAUGGAAGCUAAAGAUACGAGAAUUCCGUGGAACAGUCUUAAAUAUCUGAUUGGGGAAGUGAUGUACGGGGGACGAGUCAUUGAUGAUUUUGAUAGAAGAAUAGUUGCGACAUACAUGGAUGAAUACAUGGGAGAUUUUCUCUUUGAUACGUUCCAACCGUUUCAUUUUUACCACGACAGCACUGUUGAUUAUAUCAUACCGCCAGACGGUGUCAAAGAUGAUUAUAUCGAGGUGAUCGAUGAACUGCCAUUGGCCAACAGUCCGGAAGUUUUUGGUUUACACCCAAAUGCAGAAAUUGGUUAUUACACCCAAGCUACUAAAGAAAUGUGGCGGCUACUGAUCGAGUUACAGCCACAAACAUCUGCCAGUAGCGAAGGCAUAAGCCGCGAAGAAUUCAUCGAAAAUGUGACACACGAUAUUUUGCAAAAAAUCCCGGAAGAGUACGAAGUGUGGAAGGUCCGGAGAUUCUUCCAGAGAGUGAUGUCGCCGACUGUCGUCGUACUUUUACAAGAACUGGAGCGCUUCAAUCAUUUAAUAGCCGCAAUGAGGCGAACUCUGACCCAGCUGCUGAAAGCCUUAGCCGGGGAUAUCGGCAUGGACGCGGUUUUGGACAAUGUGGCCUAUUCGUUAUUUAACGGGCACUUGCCGAACGCUUGGAGGAAACUAAGUCCAGCGACUUGUAAAAGUUUGGGCGGUUGGAUGGAACAUUUUGAAAAGCGGCAAGACCAGUUCUUUAAUUGGUCGAACACCGGCGAACCUGCUGUUUUAUGGAUCUCAGGUCUGCAUAUUCCUGAAACCUACCUUGCCGCUUUGGUACAAAUAGCUUGUCGGCUUAACAAUUGGCCGUUAGAUAGAUCGACUUUGUACACAAGUGUUUCCGAGUACGUCGAUCCUAAUGACGUAACUUUACGGCCACCAGCGGGAAAUUGUAUGGUUCACGGGUUGUAUUUGGAAGGCGCAGGCUGGGAUGUUGAAAAUAGGUGUUUGCGAAGGUCUUCGCCAAAAAUUUUGAUUGAACCGCUGCCUGUUAUGAAUGUUAUACCGAUUGAGGCUUUCCGAUUAAAGUUACAAAAUACGUUAAGAACGCCAGUUUAUACAACGUCUCAACGGAGGAACGCCAUGGGUGUGGGGCUCGUGUUUGAAGCCGACUUAGGCACGACUGAACACAUUAGCCAUUGGAUUUUGCAAGGUGUAUGCUUAGUUUUGAAUACGGAUUAAAUAAUUUCCUAUUUUUGUAAGAGUUAAUAAAACGAUCAAAUCAGA